AUGCCGCCCAUCUCCAACGACAACCUCCUCCCCCGCCCCCCAUACGACCCCGAGCUCUACGCCGCCAUGCCCCUCUUCCCCUCCACUCCAGCCAUGGACCCCGCCGCCAUCGCCGCCUACCGCGCCGAGCUCACCACCAUGAUCGCCCCCGUCAAAGAAGCCAUCCUCGCCGACCCCUUCGUCAAGCACUACACGCGCACCAUCCCCGGCGGCGGCAGCGGCGCCGGUGCGCCCAUCGAGCUCCACGUCUUCUCGCCCGCCGCGGUCGAUGUCAUGGCGGGGCCGGUAUCCGGCAUGGCCGACGGCGGCGGCGGCAGGUCGCGGCCCUGCAUCGUCAACUUCCACGGCGGCGGGUUCAUGAGCGGCGACGCCUUCCUCGGCAUGGGGACCAUGGCCGAGUACGUGCGCGCGUUGGGGGCCGUCGUCGUGAGUCCCGCGUACCGGCGCGCGCCGGAGCACCCGCAUCCGGCGCCCGCUGAAGACUGCUAUGCGGCGUUGAAGUGGGUGGCCGCGAACGGCAAGCGCGAGCUGGGGGUCGACGCGGAGAGGCGGUUGAUGGUGGCGGGAGAGUCGGCGGGUGGGGGGUUGGCAGCGGCGGUGGCGCUGAUGGCGCGGGAUGAUGUGGAUGCGGGGCGGCCGAGGUUGUGUGCGCAGCUGUUGGUGUGUCCCAUGUUGGAUGAUCGGAACGAUAGCGUGUCCUGCCGGCAGUAUGCGCGGGGGGAUGCUUGGGAUGCGAAGAGAAAUGAGUUCGGGUGGAAGUGUUUGUUGGGCGAUGAGGCGGGCGGCGAGGGCGUCAGCUACUAUGCCGCCCCGACGAGAGCGACGGAUCUGUCAGGGCUGCCGCCGACGUUCAUUGACGUGGGAUCAGCCGAACCGUUCCGAGAUGAGAAUGUGGCGUACGCGUCGAAGCUUUGGGAAUGCGGUGUCGAUGCUGAGCUUCAUGUUUGGCCGGGCGGGACCCAUGCGUUUCACACAUUUGUUCCGACAGCUGCCAUAUCUGAGGUGUCCAAUCAAACAAGGAUGGAGUGGGUGCGAAGAGUUCUAGAACGGGUUGUGUGA